AUGGUUGAAAAAUAUGAUAGAACAUUUAGGGUUUCCCAGGUAUUGAUUCCAGAUGAUGUAAUAUUGUCUUUAGAGAACUCUGCUACAAGCCUAUGGAAUGCGGUUAUUUUUGCAAUGAGGAUGGAAAACAACACCGAGAAUAAAAAGGUAUUCUGCAGCACUAUGCUUUUUUCAACCUUAUUAUUAUCCAUCCAUGAAGCUGUAUGUCAAUCAAACGAAGGGCGAAUACGUAUUUUGAAGUGCUUUUUAAAGUACUUGAAGUUCUGCAAUGAUGAUAAUUUCGCAGAUUUGAUACCAAAUGGAGUAGAGAAUGCAGAUAAAUGCCUAAGAGUACUAGAGGAGUCGAAAGAAAAGCUAACUUCAAAACAAAUGGCUGAAUUUAACAAGUUGAAGAUCGAGUUAUUCAUGACCAAUUUCCAGCUUGCCUUGGGUAACAAGGAUCUGAAAAUGGCACAGUUUUAUGAGUCCAAAGCGAACAUAAAAUCGAGUGUUGAUGUGAUUAAUGCUGAACUAGUCCUUGAAUUGUGUCGAGUGAUAUAUAACAGUGUGCUUUCUUUAAGAAACUCGGAACCGGAGAUCAAGGUAGAAGAGCUAUACUUCUUUUUACAGUGCGCAGUUGAAUAUUUGAAUUUACCAGUCUCUGGCUUGAAGCAACAUCCAGAUUAUAGCAAUACCAGGUAUACGUUAUUAUUGUUUCUUGCUAAUCUCAUGGUUGAAUCAGAUGAGCUGGAUGUUAAUUUAUGCUCCAGGUACUUAGACAUCAUUCAGAAUGAUUACCCAAAUAAGAUUGAGUCAUUUAAAUUGGCUAUUAAAUUUAAUGACAAAACAUCAAGUUUGGAUACCAAUUCCAGGGAGGAAAUUUUGAUGAGGAUGAUAAUGUCUGUGAAUGUAUCUGUUAAUUUUGACUCUAUAUUAGGGUGUAUUAAUGAUCAAGCAAAAUUCGAUUCUCUUUCUGCUAUUAGAUGUUUGGAUUAUUUAUUUUUAAACAAAAUAGAUGCUACGAAGGAUCAAACGUUAUUGGAGAGGGCUGCUACUACCAGAGUUUUCAUUAUCACACAAGCACUGACAAUGGAGAAUGCAGAGAAGAUAGAAAGUCUAGAACAUUUUUUUGCACAGUACGAACGAAUCAUCUCUCAGGAACCAUCAAAAGCAGCUAUAUCAAGUCUAGUAACGUUACUCUUCAACACUGGGAAAAAGUUGCAGAAAGCAGGCAAUCCUCAAGACAGCAUUGGGUGGUUUAACCUGGCUUUAAAAGAUAUUAUCUCGAGUGGCUAUGAGGAUAAAGCUAAAGUCCAAAGGGCCCUAAAGUAUGCAUAUCUGGAGACAGCAAAUCAUUCGGGCGUGAAAUCAGUGUACAAUGAAAUGGAGGAACGUGAUAAAAUUCACCCAUUGACCAAGUUGAUAAUGUUUAAGGUGUUUAUUGCUGAAAAUAAUGAGGAUGAAGCCCUAAAGUGUUUGCAACAUAUGAAGGAAUCUGAAAACCCUAAAUCUGUGGAUACAUUAAUUCUUGGUAUAGUUGACUGCAAAAACUCAACUGAACUAGCCAUAAAAGCUAUGCUACUUUUAUUUCAAAAACUUGAAAAAGAUGGUACAAAUGGCAAAGAUAUGCCCAUCGCAUGUUCCCUUCGUUACACUAUCCAAUUGAUUUUAAAAUUAUGUGAGAAGGAGCAAGCUGUAUUUAACAGGUAUCUACCAACAUUUGAACACUUACUAAAUAAGGGGUUUCAAUUCCUAAACACGGUGAAAAUACUAAAUAGCGUCUCUGCUCCAAAGAUUAACGCUCACAAUGAAGUUAUUUCUUCUGAUGACUUAGAAUGGUUCGCAUCAGUUUCAUAUAAUAUUGGUGUCAAAUGCACAAGGGAAGAAAACUAUGCAAGUGCGUUAAAGUACUCCGAAUUAGCGGUCAACUUUAUUUCGUUAAUGGCUCUGAACGACUUCAUCCCAAGCAAGCGGAUGCAGUACGAGUACUGGAGAUACAGGUGUAUAACCUUAUCUUUGAUGGCCAAAAAAAACAGCGCCAACAAUGAAAGCCUGUCAUCAUUCACUGAGACGUACAGCCAGCUAUUCAAUGAACUCGCAAAAAAACUAGCUGACCAGGACUUCUUAAAUUUAGCCGAUGAAGAAUUAAAGGAACGCUUUAGGCGCUGUCUUUUUGAUAUUCUAAUCAUCGCUUAUGAAGUUGCAAUUCAAACAAGAAACGAACAAUUUAUACAUCAGAUAAUGGACCAAAGCGCUAAAUACCAGAAUGGCGACUUGGAUUCAGCUCUUGUUAAUUACAUUGUUCCACUGGAUGACUUCCCAAAACCAAUGCUAUCUUAUAUCUUAACAGUAUUGAUCGAGCGUAACAUCACCACGACAAGAAUUGACGAUAUCACUUUGCUUACCUGGACCAGGCUCCUAAUAGAGAACUCAAUAAGUACAAGCGAACAAACAUGUUUGAGGAUAAUAAACGAACUUCACCCUAGAAUGAGAUCAUCCACUGACUACAACACACCAGCCGCUUCUCAGGAACUAGAAUGCAUAACCACCUCCAUAUGGAACCAGGGUGUUACUGACAUUGCUGAAGAAAACAGAUUAAUGGGUGAAAAGUGGUGCCGCAAGGCAAUCCAGCUUGCAAGCUUGUUUAAUAAUCGUUUAGAGGAGCAUUUAGCAGAGUUAUGGUCGUCCUUGAACUCCGAUCUAAGUGAAUGA